AGAGGACAUCUCGACGUCGCAGCUUGCAAAGAUCAAAAUCUUUGUUCUAGUUUCCGACCAAAGCCCGCACCCUUGGGUGCAAAGAACCUUCACUUGAUUUGCGCCAUCUAGGCAACACCCGCACAUCUCUCUCGCAGCCAUGUCGAUAUUAUCCUGGGGGACUAUCAAGUCCUUAAUAAUAGUCUUCGGACCCUUCUUCCUGCCCAAGAUAAUAAGCUUCUACCGCCGCGUGCGCCACGCGCCCACCCAGCCCGGCCGCCAGCCCAUCCGCCCCCUGCCGCCUGCCGCCUCCCGCGCCCUCGUGCUACUAGCCGCCGUGUCGAUAGCCUUCCUCGUCAAGUCGCUCCCGCUCCCGGGCCUCGCGCCCGAGAAUGUCUUCGUCGCCACCGACUCGCGCCUGCAGAUCCCGACCGACGUGCUCUUCAACCGCCUCGCCUCGCUGCGGCCCGACGGCGCCCUGACGGCCCGCGACGAGUCGCUGCGCGCCCGCUUCGUCAACCUCGAGUCGCGCCUCCUCUACCUCGCCUACGGCCCCGCCGCGCUCGCCGACUGCGCCUUUUGCAGCUCCGACGAGCCGAGCAGCUACCUCUGCUACGCUCUCGUCGACGUUGCGGCCGCGCACCUGCUCAACGUCGCGCUGCUCGCGCUCGCCACCUCGCGCGGCCUCGCCGGCCGCGACGGCCGCCCCUGGCGCGGCAAGGCCAUCCUCGCCUCGGUCGUCCUCGCUGCCCUCGACGCCUACCUGCUCACGUCGCACGACUACCAGGCCAACGCGCGCGCCCUGCGCCUGGCCGACCUCGACUUCUUCCACUGGCGCACGCGGGCGUACCGCUACGCCUCCUUCGCGCUGCUGGACGCGGGGUUCGCGGCGGCCUUGUUCCUGUCGGCCACGCGCCGCGCCUUUGCGUCGCCGCGCCCGCUGGCCGAGCGCGUCGACUCCAUCAACAAGAACCUGGCGGCGGGCGUGCGCAGCAGGCUGGGCGCGGCCGCAAUCGUCAAGAACGCGGUGAGCAGGGACGCGGAGCUGAUGCGGCGGGCGCAGGCGUACUGGGCGCACGAGAUCGCCGUCAUGGGCGGGGCGCUCGAGGACAGGGAGGUGGUGGAGGGCAUCAAGGACGCCAUGGAGAGCAGGAUCGACAUGAAGGCCAUCUCGGCCGACGCUGAGAAGUAUGCAAAGGCCAUGCUGGAGUCUGUGGGCGGAGACGAGGAGUAGGGAAAUUGGGCAUCCUAUGUUAUUUACUUACCACUCGAAAGAAAAACAUUAAUAGUCGAUGGCUAAAAUAUCCAGAAAUGGAGACUUGGGAGUGAAGGCGUGAGCCCUGGAUGA